UACAAAGUUUAUAAUAUAAUUAACAGAUGAAGUGGGCUGAGAAACUAUUGGUAGUAAUUGUUCAUGGGCAUUUUAAGAGUAAUUCAAACACAAUUGUUUAUGUUGCACGGAGGGAAUAAUAUAUGAUUCUUCUUUUGCAGGGUAAUCACUUUGAUCAGUAUGAAGAAAGCCAUCUGGAGAUUGAGCAGGCAUCAUUAGACAAGCCUAUAGAAUCGGAUAAUAUUGGACACCGCUUGCUACAGAAGCAUGGUUGGAAGCUAGGCCAAGGCUUGGGGAAAUCUCUUCAAGGUAGAACGGAUCCCAUCCCUAUCGUUGUCAAAUAUGAUGUCAUGGGCAUGGGUCGGAUGGAAAUGGAGCUUGAUUAUGCCGAAGAUGCCACAGAAAGGAGGCGGGUCUUGGAAGUGGAGAAGGAAGAUACUGAAGAACUAAGGCAAAAGUACAAGGAUUAUGUGGACAAAGAAAAGACAAUUGCCAAGGCACUUGAAGACCUUCGAGCCAAUUUUUACUGUGAGCUCUGUGACAAGCAGUAUCAGAAACACCAGGAGUUUGACAACCAUAUAAAUUCCUAUGACCAUGCUCACAAACAGAGAUUAAAAGAUCUGAAACAAAGAGAAUUUGCUCGCAAUGUUUCCUCAAGAUCCCGCAAAGAUGAGAGGAAGCAGGAGAAAGCCCUUCGACGUCUGCAUGAGCUGGCUGAGCAAAGGAAGCAACCUGAAUGUGCUCCAGGAAGUGGGCCAAUGUUUAGAACCACUACUGUAGCAGUAGAUGAAGGAGGAGGAGAGGAUGAUGUGGAUUCGACAUUUCCUGGUAGUUGCUCCUCCUCUUCAGCAGCUUAUGGUCAAGCUACCAACAUUACUAUGGAUAAGGGUAUAAUUCAUGGCAGUGGACAAAUCAGUAGCAGUCCUGGACUUGCUCAGGUUCCUGUCCAGAUAUCACAAGCUGUCAGUCUAGGAAUUAACAAGACAGGUUUGUGUUUCUCAUUUGCCAAAAAGAGCCCUGUAAAGCUAGAAUCACUUGCCUCAGUAUUCAAAGACCAUGUGGAUGAAUCCUGUUCUCCUGAUGAUGAAAUCAAAACUGAUGAAAGAAUCCAUACAUAUUAUGGAACUUUGGGAAAAAUUGGGGAAAUUGAGGGGAAAAAUAGCCCUGACAACAAGGGAGAUGAUGAUGAGCAAUCACGUGACAAAGAUGCCACCUUAUCAAAGCUAAAGAAGACAAAAAGGGAUGAUGGGCCAGUGGCAGUAGAACCAGAAUAUUAUCAUUAUAUUCGCCCUGCACAUUGUAAGAUGAAGCCCAACUUCCAGUUUUUGCUGUUUAUGAAGGCAACAGACCAAGUAGAAGCAAAAGCUGCAAGCAAAAAAAUAGCUCAUGAAAGGAAACAAAGCAAUUCCCCCAAACUCAAUGUGGCAAAAAGUGAUGAGGAGACAGUAACAGAAUGUGUGAUCCUUCGGAAGGAGCAGAAUGCUGCCAACCAAAGCACCAAAAUGGAUAUUUUGGAGGAAAUAGGCAAGCAAGAAGGAAAACAACUUAAGGGAAAUGUUUUUGUAGAAUCAGAUGUCAUCAAUGAGAUUUCCCAGGCCGCAGGAACUAGUAAAGAAACCACAGAAGGGCCUAAACAUUUAACAGGGCAGUUCUUCCCUGUUCUGAGUAAGGAUGAGAGCACCACCCUCCAGUGGCCUUCAGAACUGCUAAUCUUCACCAGAGCAGAACCCUCUGUGUCAUAUAGCUGCAAUCCCUUAUAUUUUGAGUUUAAGCUGUCUCGUAACACAGACACUAAAAUGAAAGGAACAGAAAAACAGAAAGGUACAAUAAACCUUUCGAAGGAGAAAAUGCAGGCUGCUGAAGAUAGUGAAGCAAGCAAGAACAAAGAUAUGGAUCUUCUAGCUAGUGGUUCAACUGCAGUGCCAGAAAGCAAGUACUGUGGCAAGCAGGAAGUCAGUACUGUAAGAAUUGGCAAAAGUGAAAAUGUGGAGGACAGCAGCAGAGGCAAUCUUACUAGUCAAAAGGACAAAAUGGGGAAGUCUCACAAACACAAAAAGAAGCACAAAAAAUCCACCAAACGUAAACACAGGUGCAAAUCUGAGGCAGAGGAGAAAAGCAGAAAAGGGGACUUAGCAGAAGAUAAAUGCAAGAAGCAGAAGAAACACAGGCACAAAAAACCCAAAUCUUUUCCAACUGAGGCUGAAUGGAUGCAAAGGACUGAAGUUACUGGCUAUUCUAAACAAAGAAAGUGGAGUGUGCAAGACUCUCAGAGGAAGUCUCUUUCUGCUGAAGAAAGCAGUAAGAAAGAGGACAGUGGUAUCUCUUUCCAAGACCAUGGCAACAAGAAAACCAAAGGGGACUUGCAGGACACUUUGUCUGCAAGCAAAAGGCGACCUUCCACCUCCACGUCAGUUCACCCCAGUCAUGGAGGCCAACAAAGCAGUGGUAGCUAUGAGAGUGACAGAGACUCCUACAAUAAGCACUUCAGGCAGAAGUCAGCAUCACAAUAUAGAGAUGAUUAUUACUCUGCUAGUGACUGUUCACAAAGCCACUCCCAGGCAAGACAUAGACACUCCUCAAGAAGAUCACCUCAGAGAUCCUAUUCAUCAACUUCAUAUGCUUCCUCUGACAAUAGUCAGUACAGCCGGCAAUGUAGCUACUCAGAAGACAGCUAUAGUGAUUACAGUGACCGGUCACGAAGUCGUACUAAGCACUCCCAUGACUCGGAGGAUUAUUCAGAUUAUUCCAGUUCCAAGCACAGGUCAAAGAGAUACAAGUACUCCUCAUCAGAAGAUGACUACAGUCUGAGCAGAAGCAGGUCCUGGAGCAGAAGCAACAGUCAAACUCACACCAGAGAGAGGUCAAGGACUAGAAGUCGAGGAAGGAUGCACAGCAGUAGCUGUAGUUAUGGUCGAAGUAAGUGGCAGAGCAGGAGCCAAAUGGGACAUAGCUGGAAACAGAGUAGAAGCUACAGACAAGAAUGCAGUCGGAAUACAAGAAGAUCUCUCUCAUGGAAGGGAUCCUAUGGUCAUGAAAGCCCUAGGGAGAGAAGAUCUGGCCAACGUGAUUUCAUCCGGUCUAAGAUCUACCGCUCACAGACUCCUCAUUAUUUCAAAGCCAGACAAGGUGAAGGGUCUGCAAGAAAGGAAGAAGCCAGAGGAGAUGAAGCUACAAGAGCCUCCAGUCUCUCUCAAAAUACCAGCAACUUUAACUUUGGGGACAGCUAUAACUCUGAGGAGAAAAAAUCUGCCACAGCAAAACUCCUUCUGGAAAAAAAUCAGUGUAGAAAAAUAGAGAAGAAAUCUAGUAGCAAUGAUGAUUCCAUUGCAGGAUCUCACAAGGAUGGAAUUAAGCUGAAAGAUCCACCACAGGGCUACUUUGGCCCAAAACUUCCUCCCUUGUUAGACAAUAAGGCUGUUCUUCCAUUAAUUGGAAAACUUCCUGCAGUUAGAAAACCAAGUACCAAGCAGUAUGAGGAAUCUGGUUUAGAAAGAGAAGAAUUGGAACUAUCAGAGCUGGAUGAAGCAACUCAUGACACUGUUUCAGCAAGCCAUCCUCAAGUGGAGGAAACCAUGGUGACUGGAAUACAGGACAAGGAUUCAGGUGAUCAGAACUCAGAAGAAGUAGCCACAAAGCUAGCUCCUGUUCCUCUUGAACCCCCAGUACUCCCAGAGCAGUAUGAAUCUGGUGACCUGGUUGUGCCACACAACUUCCUCCCUGAUCCCAAUGAAAAUGAAGCUUUAGAGCCUCUUGACAGAGGGAACCAACCUGUCUCUAUAGAAGGAAGAAUAGUACCUUUAGUCCCAGAUGUAGAGCAUUUCCCUAGCUAUGUAGCACAGAGUGGGGAGCCCAGCAUCAGUAGGGAGCCUGAGGGCACUGAGGAGUCUUCCCUGGCACCUCUGGAGAGCCAGCCCAUCACCUUCACCCCGGAAGAGAUGGAGAAAUAUAGCAAGCUGCAGCAAGCAGCUCAGCAACAUAUUCAGCAACAGCUCCUUGCCAAGCAGGUCAAGGCCUUUCCAGCCUCAGCUGCCUUAGCUCCUACCACAGCCUCUGCCUUGCAGCCCAUCCACAUCCAACAGCCUGCAGCAGCUGCAGCCACCUCCAUUACAACUGUGCAGCACGCCAUCCUGCAGCAUCAUGCUGCAGCAGCAGCUGCAGCCAUUGGAAUCCACCCUCACCCACAUCCCCAGCCUUUUGCUCAAGUGCAUCACAUUCCUCAACCCCAUUUCACCCCAAUCUCAUUGUCCCACUUAACUCACUCAAUCAUCCCUGGGCACCCUGCUACAUUCCUGGCCAGCCACCCAAUCCAUAUCAUCCCCGCUUCGGCCAUCCACCCGGGUCCUUUCACUUUUCAUCCUGUCCCCCAUGCUGCCCUCUACCCAACUCUCUUAGCCCCUCGACCAACAACCACUGCUGCUACAGCAUUACACCUCCAUCCCCUUCUGCACCCCAUUUUCUCAGGGCAGGAUUUGCAGCACCCACCCAGUCACGGCACAUGAAGAAGUGAAAAAGAUAUGGCCUCUUUGGGGGAGAAGACAGGAGUAUAUAUCUCUGUGUGCAUUGGUGUUUUGUACAGGCUGCCUGAAGGCCAUGACUGACACCACCUGAGCAUAGUGAAAUGGGAGAACUGGGCAUGGAAAGGGGAAGUGAAUGUAACAUAUCUGUGGAAAGGGGGGAAAUGUUGCUGGAGUUCUGCCUGUCAGUAUUUUCAGGCUCCUC